UUCGUAUAUUAUUUCGUGUUUUCAAUCCAGAAACAGCCAAGAAAUUACGAGACGAUACGAGAUAUGUCCGAGCAUCGAUCAAAGACGCAACUACCGUCCGUAAUUGUCGCAAGGAAGAAGUAUUAUAAUUAAUCGCGAGGAUUCAGCGAUCGCGUAGUGAUACGAAUCGUUGAUUAUUCGUAGAGAGAGCACUUUCUCCCCCGUACUUGUCGCGAGCGCGUCUCGAGAGAGAAUGAUACGACACGCGGAGCGGCGCGGGCCACUAACCGACUCGUUCGGUUGUCGCCGAGUAAAUGUUUUUUGCGUACGGCGUGAUACGUACGGCGUGACCUAUUGUUUCGGCGGGCGACCUAGACCGAGGGCGGAUUCCGAGAAAUGACGUAGCGCCGUAAACACCCCGGUGAAAAACAAGUCUAUCGUGUCGUUUCAUUCAGUGCGGCUCAGCCGAGCGAGGCGGGUGUUCCGCGUGUUUUCGCGAAUCUUCUACGAAAAUCUCAAUCGUACGAGAAUUAUUUUUCAAUCGCGUUCAAGUGAUUUUCGCGAUCAACCUUAUCGUCCCGCGGCGAUUCGUCGGGAUGAGUACAACAUAUAUUGAUUGUUGUGCGAGCGUCACCAGGAAACAGUAGGAGCAGACAAAGGGAGGAAGGAGAGAUUCCGGGGGUAAAAGAUCGUCGACGACGGUUGACGGCAGAGCAACGAGAGACAAGGAUUUAGAACGAUUCGCCGAGACGGUUCCCAAGCCAAAGGGUGCUGUGCCCAGGUUCGGUUUACCGGGAUGGAAAAUGAUGCCUUUGGAACAUAAGAUACCUAUGAUACCUGGACCGAAGGGCGCUUACAGCUUCACGCGACGCAAAGUAGGAAAGAAAUUGUGGGGGCCGAAAUUAGAGUUCAAUCUGAGCGACCCUUACUGCCACGAGACCAAAUUCCCUUAUGAACCCCUGCACGACGAGCAUCUGGUCGAGUUCUUCUCCAGACCAAUUAAUCUGAAGUGUCUACUGAAAGCCGAUCUAAUCACGGAUGAUAUGGACGUGAAGUGUUCACUGCGCGAUUACAACGAUUAUAGAAAGUACCUGAGGCAGGUGCAUGCUGAUCGUAUAAAGAGAGAGAUGAGAAGGAGAGACCGUCUCUUCGUCGAGAGGGCAGCAUUACGUUUCGCCGAGGACCAGGCGCGCAAAGAGGUGGAAAGAUUGAUAGAAAGGGAGAAAUGGGCCAGCGAGAGGCAGCGUCUCGUGCAGCAACGGUUGCUACAGGAGAAAGUGAGAAACCAGAAGUUAAAAGAGCGAGCGUACAGAUCGAUACGAAGAUUGAAACUGUUAAGGCUCGUCAGGCAAGAAGAACGAAGACUGAUAAACAUUAAGCGUGAAGAACGGACCGAACUGAGUCGGCAGAAAUGCAAACUUGCGACGGAAAUCGCCCGAAGUAAAGUAAUCGACACGCUGGUGGAUUGGAAGAAGAAGGGCAAAACGCAAAAGAAAGCUAAGGAGAAGCUAUUACUGGAUAUCGAACAACGGAAACAGAAAGAAAUGGAAGAAAGAUGGAAGAAAAAGCAGCAGUUCCAAGAAAAUGAUAUUGCAAAACAAAAAAUAUUACUAGAACGUGUGGAAACCCAUCGUCAAAAAUUUAUAGAGGAUUACAACAAGAAAAUAAAUAAAGAAACCGCAAAAAUGAAAGAACUGUUGGAUAAUGCGAAGCUGUUUACAAGAUGUUACAUGAAAAGAUACUUACCAGGCGGAAGGACACUCAUUUGCUGCAAGAAAUACUUUAAAAGCGAUUUGGAAGGACACACGAAGAUGAAGUAAGAAGUAACUCGCGAAAAUCAGGCAAGCUUUUGUCAAAAUUCAUAAAGCGGAGGAAACAAAAUAUAAAAUAUAAUAAACAAUAUAAAAAUCAUAAGCAAUAUAAAAAGUUGAUACUUUUAAUUUACAUGUAGUUUUAUUGUGUGUACUCGUAUAUCAAUGCUUCAAACUGUAAUAAAAAUUAUCAUUUAGAAUAGUUGCAAGUGGCAAACGCCAGGAUGUAAUACACAAAUCGAAGCAAAUUAUACAAGUUAUUACAACAACAAAAUAUACGGGACAGGGCGUUAAACAAAAAGUUAAAAAGUGUUAAGAUGAAUACUACUGAUGAAACCUGUGCCAAGGAAAAAAUUAAUGUUAUGUUGCUAAUAAAGUCAAUAUUAGAAGACAAGCAUGGACAAGUUACACUGUAAGGAACAAUGAAUAAUUAGUAUAGUGUUUUAGAAAUGUCACAUAAAGCUAAGUAAAUGUAUUCACGUCAAUAGCUCUUUUAAUGGCAGCGCACAACGCCAUGUAGCCAGUUAGUCCGUUAACACUCCAUUCCGGUUCAUUCUUUUUGGGCCAGAGUGCAAAAUUCAACGUGUUUAGCACGAAUAGCCAGUCCACCGCCCUGCAAUCGUUCUGUGUGGGGUGAAAUUCGGACGACAAUCGUGCGUAUUUAAAUCCUAUCUCGCCGAUAUUGUCGAUUGUGAUAUUGUGCAACAUAUAAGUCAUCACCUAUGCCAACAGAGAUCUUAUUUAGUAAUGUACUUUGAUGAACACUUGCGAAAUUUUAACGAAAAGAGAAAUUUUAUUCAUAAAAUGACUUAAAUACUUCGAAAUAUCGUAUAUUUAAAUGGCAAUGAACAGUGAAAUGAAAUCGGCAAGCUCUUUCGCAGUACUUAUUUCGAAUCAUAAAUUCAAAAAAGAACUAGAUUUUUGCUAAAUAUAUUGAUAUCGAAAUGUAUAGGUACACUAUGUAUUAAAUAAUUGACAGAGAAAGAAAGAAUUAACAAUCCUCAGUUUUCGUUCGAUAUAGAAAACUUCAUUCAUAAUCAAUAAUUCGUUUCUUGAAAUUUUAGAUUAUAGAAAUGAUUACAUCAUGAAUUGAAUUCCGGAACCUCGUGUGUCUGACUUAUAAUAUAAACCUUUAAAUUUUUGUUUACCCUUGUUUCAAGAUUUGUGAAUAUAAGUACAGUAAAAAUAUUGCGGAUUAGUAAAAUCAAAUUUUCAAAGAAAAUAAAAAACCUCAAGC